GGAACAUUAAUAGAAGGGGUUUUAAAUCAGUAUUUCAGGAAGAGAUUAUCAUUAAGGGGUUUCCGAUGGAAUAAUUUAAAGUAAUCUUGAAGUUACCGAAUUGGUUAGAUUUUACAUAUUUUGUAGUAACAAUAUUGAAAUGACAAUGACUUAUCAAUGGCUGCUGAAGUGGUCGAUUACUUUACGUUUAAUAGAUUUUGUAAAAAUAAGUCAAUAAAGUUGGCCAUAUUUUUUGAGGUAUAUUUUGGCGUAAGAACUUAAAAUUUCAUGAUUACGUUUCAUAGUUUGGGAAUUUUCUCUGCUGAUUGGGGCUAAUUACUUGACUCACUUUUGGUUAGUUAAGGGAAAUUUCGGGCAGUUUGCUGCUUUAAAAUCAGCAAAGUUUUGUUUAAAAACCAUCAAUUAUGUUUCUGUUUAGCCCUCCAAUCAAAACACACACUUUGCGGUAAAUUAAAGUUUUGUUUUAUUUGCGGCGCUUGUGGCGCUGCUGCUUUUUCGUCUUCGCAUUUAGCUAUGCAUAUGAGGUAUCGCUAAAUUUAGCACUUCCUUUUGUCUACUUUCAUUUUUAUACAAAUUGCGGAAAAGGGGCGGGCAUGGGGGCCUUCCCCUCGGCACUCCGCUCCCAUUAACUCGAAAGUGGGUGAGUGUGAGUGGUGCCAUAUCUGAGCGCUUAUUCCAUAUUUUGUUUAGAUAUAACAAAAGUGAUUAUUGCUAAUUUGCUUUCAUUGCUGUUCACUCGUUCGCCCACAAACACAAUCGCACACGGCUUAAUUUUUCUUUCUCAGUAUUUGUUUUUUAUAAUUCGCCUUUUUCCACUUCUUGUCCAUUUUUUACACUUGGCUGCACUUAAAUCACGCAUUGCCCAAUGUGCUGCCUAAAAAUUACUAGCUGUAAAUGGUUCUGGGGCCGCUGGUGACACUUCCAUAUCGGACGGCGUAUUAAUGCUAGUGUCUAAUGUCUGAAUUCCGUUGCUCACUGUCGAAUAUGGCAUAGUUAUUUAGUUUUUGCUUUCCACCAUGUAUAUAAAACACAAAUAGUUUUAUCGAUUAUUUUGAUUAGAUUCGAGGUGUACCCAUUGUCGGGAACAGUCAUCAAUGGGAAUAUCCUAGCUUGACGUUAUAAAUAUAUCGCUUAGGCCAUAAAUUAUACAAUUGUGAAUAACAAAAGGCUGCAUAUAGGAGUUUUCUUAUAUCUUGCAAAAAUCUGAGACGUAGUAAGCCUGGGAGCGUUCUUUCAUACAUAACAAAAUAGUACACCUUUAAUAGAGAAUUCAUAGCUGCCGAAUAUAGACGACAAAAUGAUAUCUUUGCCAUUGCAUCGCCGACUUUUUGGUGCUUACAAGAUUUCUUCGGUGCUAACUCGAGGCCAAAAAUGCUUUUCGGAAGUUAAAAAACUUCAAGUUGCUGAUAAAAUUGAAAACAUGAAAUCGGUUAACAUUUUCGGAAUCGCUAACAUAAGAGAUGUUAAGCUCAAUAUACCAAACUAUACUGAGAGCUCCAUUCCACCAAUAAUUUGGUCAGCCCAAGUACCUCAUAUAAGCAAAGAUAAUCAACUCAAUGAUAACGACGAUUUACUAUCUUCCGAACAGCGAAGUAUUAAGAGGGACAAUUUAAAAACUAACAAUCAAAACCAAGAGGAUUGUUCAAAAUUUCCCACUAAGAAACCACCACCCACAAAGAAAUUUCCAAUCAAUGAAAAUGCCGAAAAAGCACUGGAACCAGAUGAAAAAAUAAGAAUUAAAGCCAAGUUAUUAGAAAGGAUUAAAGGUAUUGCUACAAGAAAUAAGUCUAAGCUCGAGGAAAAAGUGGAAGGGCUUAGGGAUGAAUUUACAGAUCAAUUGGUUGAAAUAAAAAAAGCAGCAGCUUCGAACGAGGAAAUAAAGCCUAUGAUGAGUUUGCAAGCCAAGGAGCCAACUUCAACUCCUCCCAAAGGACCUGCUCCACCACCCAAAGGCGACUCUGCUCCACCAAAAGGCGGUUCUCCACCACCCAAAAAUCCUCCUAAAGGUCCGCCGCCUGGAACUCCUCCACCUCAGACGAAAACCACUUUCGGGCCACUGGCCGAUGCAGAUCGAAUCUUCACCAAUCUAUAUGGACGUCACGAUUGGCGUUUGAAGGCGGCAAUGAAGCGAGGAAAUUGGUACAAGACCAAGGAGAUAUUGGACAAGGGCGACAUGUGGAUUGUGAAUGAGAUAAAGACCUCUGGACUGCGAGGACGUGGUGGCGCCGCGUUCCCCAGUGGACUUAAGUGGACCUUCAUGCACAAGCCGCCCGAUGGCAGGCCCAAGUUUCUGCUGGUCAACGGGGACGAAGGCGAGCCCGGGACUUGCAAGGAUCGCGAGAUAUUGCGUCACGAUCCGCACAAGUUGAUCGAGGGAUGUCUCAUCGCUGGACGGGCAAUGGGUGCCACCACCGGAUUCAUUUACGUUCGUGGCGAGUUCUACAACGAGGCCUGCAAUCUUCAGUAUGCCAUUAUAGAAGCCUACAAAGCUGGUUACCUGGGCAAGAAUGCCUGUGGCUCGGGCUUUGAUUUCGAUCUCUAUGUGCAGCGAGGUGCGGGUGCCUAUGUUUGUGGAGAGGAGACUUCCCUGAUUGAAUCCAUUGAGGGCAAGGCGGGCAAGCCGAGGAACAAGCCUCCCUUUCCGGCGGAUGUCGGUGUCUUUGGCUGUCCCUCGACGGUGACCAAUGUGGAAACGGUGUCCGUGACUCCAACAAUUUGCCGGCGCGGUGGCAAGUGGUUCGCUAGCUUUGGACGCACUCGGAACUCGGGCACCAAGUUAUUUAAUAUCUCGGGUCACGUUUGCAAGCCCUGCACCGUCGAAGAGGAGAUGUCCAUGCCCACCAAGGAGUUGAUAGAACGCCAUGCUGGUGGAGUGAUCGGUGGCUGGGACAAUCUGCUGGCCAUCCUUCCGGGUGGCUCUUCAACUCCCUGUAUUACCAAAGAAGAUGCCGAGCGCUCAAUUCACGACUAUGAUGGCCUAAUGGAAGUGCGUUCCUCCUUGGGAACCGGUGCCAUAAUUGUGAUGAACAAGGAUACGGAUAUUAUCAAGGCUAUUGCCCGCUUGUCCGCCUUUUACAAGCACGAGAGCUGCGGCCAGUGCACUCCCUGUCGCGAGGGCCUCCACUGGGUGAGCAUGAUCAUGCAGAGAUUCGUCACUGGAAACGCCCAGAUCGGCGAGAUCGAUAUGUUGUUGGAGCUAACCAAGCAGAUCGAGGGCCAUACCAUUUGCGCUCUGGGCGAUGGUGCCUCCUGGCCGCCCCAAGGACUCAUCCGUCACUUUCGUCCGCUCAUCGAAGAGCGGAUCAGGAAGCGGGAGGCCGCUGAGCAGGCUGAAGCAGAUGCCAUCGCCGCCCAGCGCUUCCCUUGCCAAACAGUGCCUCCUUGUCCAGAAUAAAGCGUGACUAACUGCCUA